CGCCUGGCUGCGGUGCGGGAGGGCUCGGGACGCGAUGCCGCCGUCGUCUCGCCUGCGGAGACUGCUCCGCGGGGGCUGAGCCGCAGCCCCAGCCGGGAGCCCAGCGGCCGCCCGGUGAGCCCGCCGCCCGGGAGGAUGGGCUGCGGCGGGAGCAGGGCCGAUGCCAUCGAGCCCCGCUACUACGAGAGCUGGACGCGGGAGACCGAGUCCACCUGGCUCACCUACACCGACUCGGACACGCCGCCCAGUAACGCCGCCCCCGACAGCGGCCCCGAGGCGGGCGGCCUGCACGCCGGGUUGACUCCACCUCACCCUUCAGCUGUCGGGUCAGAUGUCACCUCCUUAGAGAGACCAGCCUUCUCCUGUUACUGUCUGGUUAUUUCCUUCCUAACACCGCAGCCUGUCCUUGUCUCGUUCAUUCGUUGGUUAUCUCCUUACUCAGCAUGGUGUCCAGCUCAGAGUGUCCUGGAAGACGGACUGCCUUCCAAUGGUGCGCCCCGACCUACAGCCCCAGGUGGAAUGUCCAACCCAGAGAAGAAGACGAGCUGUGGGACCCAGUGCCCGAAUCCUCAGAGCCUCAGCUCAGGCACCCAGACCCAGAAACAGAAUGGUUUUCGAACCACAGAGACUAAAAGAGAUACUAAGCGAAUGCCUGCGAAAGAAGUGACCAUUAAUGUUACAGGCAGCAUCCAACAGGUGGACAGAAGUCGAAGAAUCACAAAGAACUGCGUUAACUAGCUGAGCGUCUAACUAGAAGGGCAGAUGGACGUCUUUGGUGCCCCUCACAUACGGGGCCCCCCCAAGGAACCUUGAAGAAGCGUGUGCCCCUUGCCGAGCGUGAGUGGGGCUGAGUGCCUUGAGAGACUGACUGUCUUACCCAGCAGCCAACAGCUGCCUGCGCUGCUGGGACAUUCUCAGCCUCCUGUUUUUCACAUAAAUGUAUUGACACAAUACUCACCUAUGGUAAUAAACUGAAAAGAGCUAUUCAGUUUGCCUCUCUGCAAUGUCGGCACUUAGGUCUGACAUAGGAGUGCUGAGCUGAAGCCACAGGCCAGUUUAUGGUGCAGAGAAGGUAGCAGAGGUGGAUUCUGGGGGUGAAAGGGUCAUGCGUUAGCUCUGUGCUCUCCUGGCCACGGUGGUGUGUGCAGUUCCAGGCCAGCUUGUUCUUCCAUCCUUUCUUUUUGAAUGCCGCCACCACAAUGCGAGCUGUGUUCGCUCACAAGUUGGCUCUCACCCAACUUUAAACCCAGAUACAGCAGAAAUCAAGAAGCAGGAAAACUCCCUGUUACUCUUGUUUCCUGAGCUCAGACUAACCUUGCCAACGCCCACAGCAUGUCUUUGGGAGGUCUCUGGGAUGCAGUCACACCCAUUCCGCCCCUUCCCACGCCCCCACCCCAUGCUGGCAUCCAUGUUGGCCACUGAGCCAUAAAACCACGGUUGUUGCGGUCAGUGCGUCCAAUCAGGGACGCCCCCAAUGGCUCAGCCAGACAUUGCAUUUUUUAUAGCUUUCCAGUUCCCUUUGCUUGCGUUCUUGAGUAUUUUCUCUCUCUGAUCAGGUCAGUUGCAAUUAUUACUCAAAGAGUGGACACUGCUCACAAGAGGGAGAGAAAUUCAGAACAUGCUGGCUGCACACACGGCUUCCCUUACCCUCUCUGGGCGCAGCUCCAGGACGAUGCCAUUUUGGCACCUGCAAAGGAAUCGCUUUGGAGAGUCAGUGCCUGGCGGAUGUGCAUUCACACUGACGUUAGAUCGACACGCACUGUGUUGGGAGUCAGGAAGUUGAUGCAGCAAAAAAUCCCCCAGCCAUAUGUUUUAAUAAAAAUAAAUUUUUCUAGCAUUUCUUUAAACAUGGUUAAGUGGAAGUAUUUUCCUCCAAAGUAAUUAAUGUAGCAUGGGCUUGGGAAAGGAAGGACAAAAGUUGUACCAAAUGAUACCAAUAAACUUGUGUGUAGCUGAAACAGGCAGCCUGAUGGUGUGUGCUUAUACACGCAGUCCAGAGAACUGACAGCAGCAGGCCACGGCCCAGAUACCCCGUCUCCUCGCCUGCCAACCCCCUUGUUCCUCCAACACAAGUAGGCAGUGUCCCUUCCUCGCUUCCUCUCUCCCUCCCUCCCUUCCUUCUUUCCUUCCUGCCUUCCUUCAGGAGAUUGUUUAUUCAUAAAACGUUGAAUGCCAACCCUGUGUCAGGCCCCAUGUGGAUGCUGAGAGAUUUGGAGUCUGGCUAGUCACCAUUGUAUGUCCUGAAUCCCAUGGUGGACUUCAUGACGAGGAGGGUGACUGAGACACUGUGCUGUGCAUUGCCCUGCAGGGUGAUCUCACUUUUAUAUUCGGGGCAGAUUUCUGCCUUAACUUCUGAGUUUCCUCUGAAUCACUGUACAAGACUUUUACCAUACACAAAACUACAGUUUUCCCAACCCUCUAUCAUCUGAUUCUUUGAGAAAGGGCUUUUUAGGAAUUUUGUUUUGAACUUUUAAAUAAUAAUAAAAUAAAAGCAAAACCUGUGACUCCUAUGCCCCCAGUGGCAUUAUUUAGCAGGAGCCUGAACUGCCAAAGUCGGCGUUGCUCCUGCAAGGUCAAGGGCUCACUCUCCCAGGGUGCAUGCGUGGGUUUUUGUGUAGGGCGGUUCCUUCGCUGCUCACGGCUGUCAGCCACUGGCUAAGCCUCAUUUCUUUUUACAGCUUUGUUUUCCGUCACUUAGCUGCCACAUGUUGUUCGGAAUUUAUUGACUUGAAAGGAUGUCUCUGUUUUAUUGGGUUGGCCAAAAAGUCCGUAUGGUUUUUGCCAUAAAACAAAAGACAUAUUUUUUUCAUGUUCACCAAUAACUUUAUUGAUUUGGGUAUUUUGAGUAUGCUGGCUAUCUUCUGUGUGGUAUCACAUUAAGUGUUCUCAAUUAAUGUCUCAAUUUGAUCACUGUCAACUUCAGCUGGUCACCCCACCACAGAGCAUCAUCCAGCAAGAAAUCUCCAGCAGGAAACUACGCAAACUGCUUUUGACAUGAUGGAUCAGUCACAGCACCUUCUCCAUACACUGCACAAAUCUUUCUUUGCAUUUUAAUUGCAUAUCUACCUUUCUUGAAAUAAUAAAGGAUAACAUGCCAAAAAUGUUAUGUAUUUUCUUCCAUCUUCAAUAUUAAAAUGGCUACGCAGAAAUUAAUCAAACUUUGAUUUUUUUUUACAUGCAACACUGAUAUGGCAGCUGUCACAAUACAAUCUAACAACAUUGUUUUCGAUGAAAUUAAAGUCAACUAAGCGCUACUAGAGCCAUCUUAGGGGAAAACCAAACGACCUUUUUGGCCAACCCAGUACAUAGAAACAGUUUCUCACUUCCGGGGAGAAGGGAAUAAAGGGCGUGUGAGAUCUGCACCUCUGCAGAACAACCCGGGUUUCACCGAGACAGCGACCAGAAGCUCAACGAUGUUACCGGAAAUGCAUCUAGCAAAUUUUCAUGGGUAGAUGGUAUAGGAAUUAAUUCUUACUUUCUUGUUAGCAUAACACUUUCUAU